AUGAGUGCAAGUUCUUCUCGUGGCUCCGUGAGCACCUUCGGGCUGGCUGGGCGCCCAGUCACUGUAUUUGCUCCGUCCCAAUCCGACACGCUCAUGCCACUCGACACUGAAAAGAGCCCUAGCCAAAGUUCUAUCGGGUCCCCUAAACGUGCUCUUAGUGCUCUGGGGCCGGCUUCUCCUUCGAAUAAUACGAGUGACUUGGCAUCCCCGGGUGAGAUAAGGAGGCUUCUGGAAGCCAAGGGCAGCCCCACGAGCUUUUCUCCACUGCGCAGUACAGCGUCACCGGCACAGCUUCCCGCCGGGUCAGAACGCCACGAGCUAGCGGAAGCCAAAACGACAACCGUCCGUACUGAAGCGUGCGCUGGAGCAGAGACGCCCUUGACACAGAAAGGUUCGGAGCUGAAGGUUCCGUCCGGUCCCCUUGUGCCCGCAGAAACGCCUGUCUCAAAUCAGGAGGCGAGCGUCGGGGGUCCCCUUGUGUCCGCAGAAACGCCUGUCUUAAAUCAGGAGGCGAGCGUCGGAGGUCCACUUGUGUCCGCAGAAACGCCUGUCUCAAAUCAGGAGGUGAGCGUCGGGGGUCCCAUUGUGUCCGCAGAAACGCCUGUCUUAAAUCAGGAGGCGAGCGUCGGAGGUCCACUUGUGUCCGCAGAAACGCCUGUCUCAAAUCAGCAGGCGAGCGUCGGAGGUCCACUUGUGUCCGCAGAAACGCCUGUCUCAAAUCAGGAGGCGAGCGUCGGGGGUCCCCUUGUGUCCGCAGAAACGCCUGUCUCAAAUCAGGAGGCGAGCGUCGGGGGUCCCCUUGUGUCCGCAGAAACGCCUGUCUCAAAUCAGCAGGCGAGCGUUGGGGGGCCUCUUGUGUCUGCAGAAACGCCUGUCUCAAAUCAGGAGGCGAGCAUCGGGGGAUCUUCACAGCUCACCGUCGUGUCAGAAGUGGACAAGACCCUGCGCAAGGAAUCUUCUCCCGGAAGAGGACUCGCAGAUCUGGACAAGGAUAAAUCGUCGGUGACGGCCAUUACUGAAGGGGCCGGAGCGGGGACCGGCUUUGACGGGCACCAGCUGAACAUAAGUGCAAGCGCGGAACUUUUGGCACCGUCCACAAAGACUUCUGAAGACCGAAUCAGCACUGAUCAAAUUAUCGACGCCCGACAGCUCCAGGCCGACAAGUCAGCUGAAGUUAUCGAGUCAACAAACACCAUCGACAAGUCAGUUGCGCUUUUCGUCGAAAAGCGAGCCAGUGCCGACAUUGUUACCUCCGUGCAAAAAAAGCAGAGCAAUAGCGGAGUGGAAAGUGUCGAGAAAUCGGCCAUAGCUUCCCCAGAAGCUGAUGCCAAAGGUUCAUCUAAGAAAAAAAAAGGCAAGAAGGGUCAGAAGGGACGCAAGGUACCCAAGGGUUCCACGGCCUCCGCCGACGACGAGAACUUAUCUAUCUCGGAACAUAUCGCACAUGCUAUCACAGAAUCUUCGCCCGAGUUCGCAGACAUACCACUGCAGGUGAACAUGACGAUCGACUUGGUGCCACCCAAAAAUACCGGUCCGGCGUCUCCAGCCCGGACAAUCAUGUCGCCGGUGCACAUCGAGAGGAAGAUGAUCGUGGAGAGCUGCAAGGACGGACACGUGGAAGUCAAAGUUCCUCCCAUUUUCAUCGACUCGCCGGAGGGAAAGCACACCACCGACGAAGCCCUGAACGUUUCUGUGUCUGUCGACGUUGGCAAGCAUGCCACGCAGGGUCACAUGACCCCUCAGGAAGAAUGCCGCCAUGCCGAGAAACAGUGA